CCUCUUCGUUUGUCAGCGGACUUCGCAAUGGCUCGUUACGAGACACUCAUUUUGAUCGCAACUAUCGGCGUCGUGGCGCUCGCUCUACCCGCACAGAGGGAAAAUGGGGUAAAGCCAGCACAUGGGCAACCUGCUUGGCCACCAUAUGGACCACCAGCUUCUCCACCAUAUAAACCACCUGCUUUGCCACCAUAUGGACCACCAGCUUCUCCACCAUAUAAACCACCUGCUUUGCCACCAUAUGGACCACCAGCUUCUCCACCAUAUCAACCACCUGCUUUGCCACCAUAUGGACCCCCAGCUUCUCCACCAUAUAAACCACCUUCUUUGCCACCAUAUGGACCACCUGCAUUGCCACCACAUGGACCCCCAGCUUCUCCACCAUAUAAACCACCUUCUUUGCCGCCAUAUGGACCACCUGCUUUGCCACCAUACGGACCACCAGCUUCUCCACCAUAUAAACCACCUGCGUUGCCACCAUAUGGACCACCUGCAUUGCCACCACAUGGACCACCUGCAUUGCCGCCAUAUGGACCACCUGCUUUGCCACCAUAUGGACCACCAGUGUUGCCACCAUACGGACCACCAGCUUCUCCACCAUAUCAACCACCUGCUUUGCCACCAUAUGGACCCCCAGCUUCUCCACCAUAUAGACCACCUUCUUUGCCACCAUAUGGACCACCUGCAUUGCCACCACAUGGACCACCAGCAUUGCCGCCAUAUGGACCACCUGCUUUGCCACCAUAUGGACCACCAGUGUUGCCACCAUAUGGACCACCAGCUUCUCCACCAUAUGGACCACCUGCAUUGCCGCCAUAUGGACCACCUGCUUUGCCACCAUAUAAACCCCCUGCUUCGCCACCAUAUGGACCACCAGCUUCUCCACCAUAUGGACCACCAUUUUUCCCGCCACCAUUUGGACCACCUAUUUUCCCACCAUUUGUGCCACCGUUUAUACCACCCUUUUGGCCACCAUUCCCUCCAAUACCUCCUCGUCCGCCCACUGAGAAACCUUCAGAGAAACCCAGCGAGGAACCCACCGAGGAACCCUGCGAAGAAACCAGUGAGGAACCCUCCGAGAAACCCAGCGAGGAACCCACCGAGGAACCCUGCGAACCCAGCGAGGAACCCAGCGAAAAGCCCAGCGAGAGACCUAGCGAGAAACCAACUGAAAAACCCAGCGAGGAACCCACCGAGGAAUCCUGCGAACCCAGCGAGGAACCCAGCGAAAAGCCCAGCGAGAGACCUAGCGAGAAACCAACUGAAAAACCCAGCGAGGAACCCACCGAGGAAUCCUGCGAACCCAGCGAGGAACCCAGCGAAAAGCCCAGCGAGAGACCUAGCGAGAAACCAACUGAAAAACCCAGCGAGGAACCCACCGAGGAAUCCUGCGAACCCAGCGAGGAACCCAGCGAAAAGCCCAGCGAGAGACCUAGCGAGAAACCAACUGAAAAACCCAGCGAGGAACCCACCGAGGAAUCCUGCGAACCCAGCGAGGAACCCAGCGAAAAGCCCAGCGAGAGACCUAGCGAGAAACCAACUGAAAAACCCAGCGAGGAACCCACCNCACUAACUGACGUCCCUCCGGAAGUCCAACAGACUGGAGAACAUAUGCUGCAACCCUUGGGGGUCUGUUGUUUUUGUCGUUCGCUGUACGUCAACUUUAAAACCGUCUGUUACAUUUUAAGAAUGGAAAUAUAUGUUGCAUACUAGA